AUGGUCCAACACGGUCGUGAUGCAGAGUGCCUCUUCAUCCUCCGGAAGCUGAAAAGAUCCUCGGAUACUCAGAAGGUUCUACAGCUGCACCAUCGAGAGCAUCUCGACUGGCUGCAUCACAGCAAACGAGCUACUACCACACCGGUACGCCUGGUAGCUACUACCACACCGGUACGCCUGGUAGCUACUACCACACCGGUGCGCCUGGUAGCUACUACCACACCGGUGCGCCUGGUAGCUACUACCAAACCGGUGCGCCUGGUAGCUACUACCACACCGGUGCGCCUGGUAGCUACUACCACACCGGUACGCCUGGUAGCUACUACCACACCGGUGCGCCUGGUAGCUACUACCACACCGGUACGCCUGGUAGCUACUACCACACCGGUACGCCUGGUAGCUACUACCACACCGGUGCGCCUGGUAGCUACUACCACACCGGUGCGCCUGGUAGCUACUACCAAACCGGUGCGCCUGGUAGCUACUACCACACCGGUGCGCCUGGUAGCUACUACCACACCGGUACGCCUGGUAGCUACUACCACACCGGUACGCCUGGUAGCUACUACCACACCGGUGCGCCUGGUAGCUACUACCACACCGGUGCGCCUGGUAGCUACUACCAAACCGGUGCGCCUGGUAGCUACUACCACACCGGUGCGCCUGGUAGCUACUACCACACCGGUACGCCUGGUAGCUACUACCACACCGGUGCGCCUGGUAGCUACUACCACACCGGUACGCCUGGUAGCUACUACCAAACCGGUGCGCCUGGUAGCUACUACCACACCGGUACGCCUGGUAGCUACUACCACACCGGUGCGCCUGGUAGCUACUACCACACCGGUGCGCCUGGUAGCUACUACCAAACCGGUGCGCCUGGUAGCUACUACCACACCGGUGCGCCUGGUAGCUACUACCACACCGGUGCGCCUGGUAGCUACUACCACACCGGUGCGCCUGGUAGCUACUACCACACCGGUGCGCCUGGUAGCUACUACCACACCGGUGCGCCUGGUAGCUACUACCACACCGGUGCGCCUGGUAGCUACUACCACACCGGUACGCCUGGUAGCUACUACCACACCGGUACGCCUGGUAGCUACUACCACACCGGUACGCCUGGUAGCUACUACCACACCGGUGCGCCUGGUAGCUACUACCACACCGGUACGCCUGGUAGCUACUACCACACCGGUGCGCCUGGUAGCUACUACCACACCGGUACGCCUGGUAGCUACUACCACACCGGUGCGCCUGGUAGCUACUACCACACCGGUACGCCUGGUAGCUACUACCACACCGGUGCGCCUGGUAGCUACUACCACACCGGUGCGCCUGGUAGCUACUACCACACCGGUGCGCCUGGUAGCUACUACCACACCGGUGCGCCUGGUAGCUACUACCACACCGGUGCGCCUGGUAGCUACUACCACACCGGUGCGCCUGGUAGCUACUACCACACCGGUGCGCCUGGUAGCUACUACCACACCGGUGCGCCUGGUAGCUACUACCACACCGGUACGCCUGGUAGCUACUACCAAACCGGUGCGCCUGGUAGCUACUACCACACCGGUACGCCUGGUAGCUACUACCACACCGGAAUUAAUGAAGGAGGAGCCGCAGCAGGAGGAGAAACCCAGGGUGUCCAAUAGGUUUGGAGACACGUGA